AUGGCAGAGUCUUUUGUUGACUUUAUUCAAUACGGGACUGGCGGAAGGGACUCGGGGAGUGCUAAUGUUCCACAGGUUGCCCUGGGCACUGGCAACCCUUGCUAUGCCACUGGGAGACUGGUUGGUUCACCUUUGCCCCUUUUGUGGAUCUCACAUGGCAAACUCUCUCCCUCUCCCAUCUGGUUAGAGAUCGCCCUCACCCCACAAAGUACCCUGCAACCCGCUGGUAAGUCUAAGGGACCUGCAGGAUUUGGGCAAUGUAUUACUCAUAAACUGUUUCCCAUUCCCUCAAAAUUUCACUGA